UUACCGCAUCCAAACUCCCUGGUAGUUGGUUUAUUAGAUUGAUGACAUUUCGAAAAUGGUCGCUAUUCCACAUUUAAAUAUUUGACACGGACUGUAUUUGGUCGAACAGACAUUCGAUGUAGAUGAGUUUUUGCAUCAUUUACGUUCUGGUUUUCAGUCUUCAUUAUUUACAAGGAAGAUAAGGUUGCAAAUUGGUAUGUAGUUUGUGUCAUAAAAUAUGUCUACAUUAAUGAAGAAAUAUUUGUCAAGUAGUUAUAUAAUCAUUUUAUGUUCAACGUAAAAGGUGCACUAAAUUCAUCUUGAUGCUAAGGAUCCUAUUUUUUUCAGAAUUAUUGAGUACAUCUACUCAACAGUACUGAUGUAGCAGAUCAGUACAGUAGUGCGAAAUUGAGACAGUCUCUCAGUCUUGGGUGAAAUGAUGCAAAGGAAGAUUGUUAAUGAAGUGUUUUUUUCAAACUGCUGUAUGUAUUGUCUGUUUUGCAAUCUCAACGUUUGGAAGGCAACAAGGAAAUCGCUAGUUUUUGAGAAAAGCAUAUAUUUUCGGGAAGGUAAAAGUGUUAAUUUUGUGACGUAUUUUACUUGGAUGAGGAAAUUGCGCACUACCUGCAUCGGUCUGGGGAAAAGGCAAAGUUUUGAUGCACUGUCGCUUAUAUUAAUACCGGAUACUUAAAAAUUUGCCGUCAUUUACCCCUUUUUGUUGCUUGGGAUGACUGAUUCCCAUUGAUGUUCUAGAAGUUUAUACAACAAAUGAAAAACCAGUUUCAUUUGUCGCUGCUUUAAAUGAGACAACAAUUUAUAGACGACCUUUGAGCAAGCAAAUUAGUGAAUGAAUUUCUCUGCAAAGUUCAAGACCUGCUAUCUUAAAUGUGUCUGGUUCGUCUCGCCUCAUCACUAAUUUUACAGGUACUCAACUCCAACAACUGUUUAUAAGAAGAAUCAUUCUUGCCAUCUUAAUAAUGGAAAAUGUGCGAUUUACAAAACUAGAGAAGCAAAGAGAACUUCUUCGCAACAAACAAAGGCAAAAGUAUGCACACCAAGUGUUGUCACUUCAAAAACGUACAGAAAGUGCUGGUAUCAGUAGUUGUAAAGCUAAUAGCUGGAGAGAAAACAAAUCAUCAAGUCAAUCGGCUUUAGGUUUCCCAAUAAAAGGUAGAACUGGUGAAAAUUAUUAUGCAUAUGACGGUCCGCAAUCAUGUGAUACAUCAAACCCUGAUGAUUUUCCUACAAGUGAAGUUCAAGUUAUUCAUGUACUCACAAAACCUACUCCUUUGGGACAACCAAGGUUUGAUCAAACAGUAAGGCGCAAACCAAACUCUGAAGCAAUACAAGAUAAUGGAGUGGAUAGUGAAGAUUACAAAAGUACUGAUAGUCUGAAUAAUCUAACCAUCACACGGUCGAGUACUAUGUUGUCUUCUCUUGACCAAGAUACCUAUCUGGCUUCUACUGAGGAUAGUGAUGGCGAAAAUGAAAUUGCGGAGUCUCACUCUGGUUUUAUGACUCAGAAACAAGUAGUGAAGAUAUCUGACAAUCCCAAUAGUCAUCUUCAUAAGGAUAGUUAUAGCGGAGUCACGAAUUUUACCAAAUACAACAGCGAAAACUCGGAUACUGGUAAUAAUGCGAAUCCUGUUGAGAAGACAAACGCUACUCAGGAGUGUGAAGACUUAAAGUAUGGUGAGGCAACUCAGUCCUUACUUUUAGAUCCAACUAGGAACUUGGAAGAAUUCAUCAUGAAACCUGCUCCUCAGGGUGUGACCAUACGUUGUCGUAUUACACGAGACAAACGAGGUGUCGAUCGUGGAAUUUUUCCAUCAUAUUAUCUUCAUCUUGAAAAAGAAGACUGUAAGUUCUUCUUACUUGCAGCCAGGCGUCGCAAGCGAUCAACAACGAGUAACUAUGUGAUUUCUUGUGAUGCCACUAAUUUAUCUCGUGAUGCAAUUAGUUUUGCCGGGAAACUGCGCUCCAACUUUCUGGGUACUCAUUUUACUGUGUACGGCUGUGAAUCAAAAUCACGAGAUAGUGAAUCCUUAAAUUCAGGGGACAAGGUAAAUGAUUCUGGUUCGAUAACGACAACUACUAAGACACACAAUAUGCUAGAGCUUGCUGCAAUCAUAUACGAUACAAACGUACUGGGUUUCAAAGGACCAAGGAGAAUGACUAUUAUUUUGCCGCGCUUAAGUGCUACUUGUCAGCAUUUUUCAUGUCCUGGAAAUGAUACUACCUGGCUAAUCGACUCAUGGCGGAGAAAAGAUAUGCAGAACGUUCUACAACUACAAAACAAGAAUCCUGUUUGGAAUGAAGAGACCCAAUCAUACGUGCUCAAUUUUCAUGGUCGCGUCACGCAAGCUUCGGUGAAGAACUUCCAAAUCGUACACAGAAGUGACGAUGAAUACAUACUUAUGCAAUUUGGACGUAUCUCUGAGGACGUCUUCACAAUGGACUAUACGUAUCCUAUGUGUGCCCUACAAGCAUUUGGGAUCGCUUUAUCUUCCUUUGAUAGUAAAUUAGCAUGCGAAUAGUUAUCUUUGCAUUUAUUACGAAUUAUGACUUUACAAGCUUUAUGUAGACUACUAAAAAUGGAGUCUACUUAUUUUUUGCCAAAUUAUAUACUUUCCCACAGCACAUACCAAAUUCUCAAUAUGAAAUAUUCAACCUUUAGCAACCUCAAUAGCCAUAAGUUCUGCCGUUAUGUCACUAAAAUAUCCUAUUUACAUAGUCUGUAACAACCGGCUUUACAUCCACUUAUAUUUGUACAUCAUGUAAACCUAGAUCUGAACACAAAGAUCCUAUUGUUGAAACACGGAUAACUAUAAAAACAACUAUUCUAAAGUAAUACUCAGUAGUUUAAAACUUGUUUGUAAAUGUUUCUUAGUUAUCUAACUUGGUUUUUAGUAACUCUUCUUACUUGAUCACACACUACAUCAAAUAGUAUUUGCAAUAGACAUACGAUUGCAAAACGGUCCAGUUUACACAGCUAAUUUUGAAUCCUAAUUGCUUAUAAUGGUUAACUAUCGUCUGGCGAAUGCAUUGACAAAU